AUGGGAAAUAUAUCGUCGUCUGCCGCUAAGCUCCUGCGUGGAAUUCCAAAACGGCGUUCCAGCCUCGCAUGGCAGGUCGCCUUCGGUGAUUUUUCAGACGAUGCGAUGUACCAUAUGAUUACAGGCGUGUUUGGGUCCAGUUCAGACAGUGCAGGAGGUGAAGGGGAUGGAGAUACACAGGGGUAUGACGAAAAUUACGACAUUCCUCCUCCUAUUCCUUCAACAACUACUGCGAGCACGACCACGACAACGACGACCACGACAACGACAACGACGACCACGACCACGACAACGACAACCAAGGCUCCCCUACCAGAGAAGACCAUCACCUGUGUUGCGUAUUGGACAAACAAAGCAUUCUUUCCAUCGGAUGGCAUCUGUGACAUCCUGUUAUUUACGCAACCGUCGCCUUUUCCAUCUUCAGAAGCACUGUUUUCACAGUUUCUUACAAAUGCUCGGAGUAGUCAACGGACGAAGCACGGGAUAGACAUAGCGGCCUCCGUUGCUGCCACCGUUUACCAACAGCUGAGAUCCGCCAGUGGUAAGCAGGCGAUGAGGUCGUACUGGAUGGAUAAGGUAACGGUGUUCUCCACCCUUGACCUCGACUUGAAGACAUCCACCACGGAUGCAGAAAUCAGCAACAUCAUCAAUCUGCUGAAGGAAAUCGCUUCGCUUCAGGAAGAGUUCAAAAAGUCCAAGGAUGCGUACGCGUACAUUUUGUUCGGCGCCGCGCCGCUGUUCGAGGGGAAAAAUGACGCUACUGUUACGAAUACUUUGAAGACCAAGUUUCAGCGGGUGAUCAACGAGGCCAAACCCGAUUUGGUGCUCUACCGCACAGCACUGUUAAAGGAUUUAUCUGGAACAAAUGCCUCCAGUUGCCGUGAAACUGGUCACACUGUGUGGGAAAACGCUCCUCUGCCCCACAUUCAGGCGUCCGUCGAGUGCCUUGGAUUCAGAAACCAGAUCCGCUUGCCGCCGGCAACAAGAGAGGCCCUAGCGUUUCACAUGGGAGGUCGCUGGAGUUUAUUUAACAACGACACUUUCACAAACGCCGAGGUAGCGGCGCCGUUGGUGAUACCAAGCGGCAAAGUAUGCAAUCGGAGUAGCUCGUACUCCGGCCUCCGUUACGUACGGAGGGCAUACGGAGAUGUGCAAGGCAAAACAGCAGGGCUUUCACGGUGGUACGUCAUGUUCGGCUUGCAGUACAUUAUCCACAGAGGCGAGCUAGAAAAGAACAUCUGCAAUGACUCCUACAGCGAUGGCUACAGGGAUAUUCUCCACGUCAAGGAUUAUCUGAACGACAAUUUCCGUGUGUGCCCAUCAUUGGAAAAUUGGAAGAAAGGACCCGGCGACUGCACGUGA